UUUCGAGAACAACAGACAGUGUCAAGACGAAAGCAUCAGAGACUCAGGAAGAAUGAAUGCGCGAUCGCAAGUUUUCGAGUUAUCUGUCGAAGGACGACAGAUCGAAGAGGCAAUCUUGAGUAUAUUUCACUCAAUUUUACUUCAUAGGACGUCUGGAAAGUUUAACUACAAAAGAGAAGGCUCUUAUAGCAUAGGAACUGUUGGGAUGGUUGAUGUUGACUGCGACUUUCUGAAUUUCACCUAUGUUCGGGUGGAUUCGGAUGAUUUACAUCGUUCCUUAAAAAGACAAGUUGCGGAGUUUAGGGAAUCUUUGAAAAGUCCCGACGGCCUAAGGAGCGGGCAAAUAUCUCUAGAGUUUUAUCAAAGAAAGAAAGCUCGGUGGCCUUUUGGAAUGGAGAAUAUUCCGUGGGAAAUUUGGACGGUAAAAUUAAAUGUCGUCAGCCUUGCUAACGAGCACGAACGACAGAUCUGCCGAGAAAAAGUUGGUGAGGCUCUCGCUGAAAAAAUAAUUUGUAUUUCUGGAGUGAUGAACAGACCAGAGUAUGUCCCCAAGAUGCCAAAUCAGUCUGACGUUUCUAAUGUUUUUGAUGUGAGUUUCCCAGACAUUCAACCUUAUCUUCAUAAGUUUAGUUACCAGGCUUCUGAUCAGACCUCCCAGUCUGUGGGGACUACCAUGAAGAGACUUAUACUAGAUACAUUUUCCUACUGAAGUAUCAGGAAAUUGUUGUUAUAUCAAAUGUAUUCUUGUUUAUUUACAAUUGUGGAAUGUGCAUUGACAUAUAGUGCUAUACUUUGUAUUGAUAACUCUCCCAGGUUGAAAUGUUUUCAUAGGUGACUUGUUGCAAGAUAAAUUUCCUGGCAGGAAGGUUGAAUUCCAUAGGAAAAUUCAUUACUUGAUGAGGGAAUUCUGCAUUAAAUUGCAUGCAAAAACCGAUAUCGCAUGAAUCGCAAAACAAUGAGUGCGAUACCAGUUUUCAAGGGUAAUUUAAUGCAGAAUUCACAAGUGAAGUAAUGGGUUUUCCUUCAAUCGCAUAACUGAAUAAAAAUGAGUAAAAAAAGGAAACAGCAAUUCUUAAAACUGUUAUGUUUUCGUAGAUGCGAAAUGAUAUCACUUAGCCUCUUUUUUAACUCACAAUUCGACGCUAAAUAGCUUGCUUCGUUAACCAAUCUCAAUGUGAGAUUUUAUUCCAUGAUGCAAUUGUAGUGUAAAUUAUUGAAAAUUAAUCAUAAAUUUAAACCUUAAGUGAAGUGAGUGAUUUUGCAUGGUAGUUCCAGCCUUUGCCUGACAGGGUAUCCAAGCUGGUAAAUGUUAUUAAUUUUCUAUAAUUGAUUAAUAAUGAAAAUGAACUAAUAAAGUUAGUGGUUAAAUAUUU